GAGUCCUAUUAUUAGGUCAAAAACUAAAAACCCCGACACAAUACACUAUAUAAACGAGCCAAACUAAACGCAACCUCUCUUAUUCCAAUUUUAGGGUUUAUCUUUCGGCGACUUGAGUCUUUCCCAAAAAGCUUCGCUCUUUCUUCUUUCGCUUAAUUCCUCUCUACUGUGCAGAAAUGUCUGAUGAUGCUGAAUAUCGAUGCUUCGUGGGUGGCCUCGCUUGGUCAACAUCUGAUAGAGAAUUAAGAGAAGCAUUUGAUAAGUUUGGUGGUCUUAUUGAUGCAAAGGUAGUUGUUGACAGGGAAUCUGGCCGCUCUCGUGGAUUUGGAUUUGUGACGUUUGAUGACAGGCAAUCAAUGGAAGAUGCUAUUGAAAAAAUGCGUGGAAUAGAUUUAGGUGGGAGAAAUAUCACAGUGGAGAAGGCUCAGCCUCAGGGUCAAGGUAGAGACCGUGAUGGUGGUCGGGACCGUGGUCGUGAUCGUGGUCGUGAUCGUGACUAUGGAGGUGGAGGAGGUGGACGCGGGUCUGGUGGUGGAGAGUGCUUCAAGUGUGGAAAGCCAGGACACUUUGCAAGAGAAUGUCCUGAAGGAGAUAGGGGGGGUAGUAGGUAUGGUGGCAGAGAUGACAAGUAUGGUGGAGGUGGUGGUGGUCGUCCUGGUCCUGAUAGAAAUGGAGAUCGUUAUGGUGGCCGCAGCAGGGAUGGCGGUGGCUAUGGAGGAGGUGACCGUUAUAGCCGGGACCGCUCUGGACCGUACGAGCGCAGAUAAACCAUCGCUUAAUAAUUAUUACAGCUGAGAACUGGAGGUGUUGCUGCUACCAGAUGCAAGGGCUCGAAGUGUUUGCUAGCAAGAUAUCUUCUUUUUUCAUGUUUGGAAUUAUGCAACACUAUAUGGUCAAACUUUUGAAUGUGUGAAACUUGGUUUUCGUAACGUACUCUGUCCUAAAUUGUUCGUUAUAUGGUCUGCCGGAGUGUUAGGCUUGCUUGACUUUGCACAGAAAACCUGGACUAUUGCCAUAAUUGCUGCUGGUUUUCUACUUUCUUUAUAAGACAAGUUUACCAUUGACAAUA